GGCUUCAUUGUACCAGGAGAAGUGGUUAAGGGCUCGACGGUGAUGUGUAUCUGAGUGUUUGCCGAGAAUCUUCUGCUCUGCAGACCAUGAGUGGGACUUUUGAAAAGAAAAUGGCAGUUUUGACUGACCUGUCAACCCCAAUGAGUUGCCACCCGGUCUCCAAAGACUCGCCCACGCUGCCCGAGUCAACAGCAACUGAUAUGGGCUACUACAGCAGUCACUUGCAUGGUGGUCAACAUGACUACUUUCAAAGCCAAGCCUAUUCCCAGUCUCUGAACCCCUAUGGGUAUCAUCACCAUCACCAGUUCAACCUGAGCGGGCUAGUGGGGGCCGAAGGCUUCCUUCCCAAGGAGGAAUAUCCAUACGGAGGAGGAUACAGAACGUACGGGCAUUACAGAGAACCUCCGGCACAGGAGACAGUUUCGGUAAAGGAAGAGCCAGAAACGGAGGUACGAAUGGUCAAUGGAAAACCCAAAAAGAUCCGUAAACCCAGAACCAUCUAUUCCAGUUGCCAGUUGGCUGCUCUGCAGAGAAGGUUCCAGAAGGCCCAAUACUUGGCACUUCCUGAGAGAGCAGAACUUGCCGCGCAGCUAGGCCUCACUCAGACACAGGUGAAGAUAUGGUUCCAGAACCGCAGAUCAAAGUUCAAGAAACUUUACAAGAAUGGAGAGGGACCUGGCUUGGAACACAGUCCAAAUAACAGCGACUCAAUGGCUUGCAACUCACCUUCAUCACCACCUAUGUGGGAAAAUAGCCGAAGCAGAACCCCACAACAGCAGAGCCUUCCUCACUGUUCGUCCCCCAGCUAUUUGGAGAACUAUAAUCCAUGGUUUACUCAACAGAACCAACCUGGACCUCACCUACCCCCUUCUGAACCCUUACACCAACCGCCAUCCAAUACAGUAUAUUAAGGCAUGAAAGAAAACUCAGCAGUAACUCAAAUGGGAGGAAUUGCACGGAAGGCAAUUGAGUUACAGACUAAACAGAUUGACUGGACAUCAAAGACAAUUCAAGGUUCGCUCAUGGAACCUUAGGUGUUAUUUAGAGGAUUCUAAAAGACCAAUGCCCGGUCUAGAGCAAUGGUUCCUUAGCUAAAGUGGCUUGAAUGAACAACAUGGUGGGAAGAACAUUUUUUGGGCCCUCAUUGUUCGUUCCUUAGAUCUUCCUGCUUUUUUUAGAGAUUCAAAACAAGACGAUUCUUAAAUCUUGAUAACUAAAAGGGAAGAUUCUACGUGCUUUGAUUAACUUAUAUAAGUUAAAUGGUCGGUGGACAAAAAGCCAGAUCUGAUCUACUCCUGAUGAAGAUGAAAGAGACAUCGACCAAGACUUUCGAAGACCUCUCACCAUCCUAGAAGCUUAGAU